AUGUCUUCUGAUGACAAUAAGCUCAAUCAAACCUACACUGCAGGGGGCCACAUCGAGGAUCGACGUCAGCCCUCACUCCCUGUCACCCACAGGCGACUUGCAAAUCCUGCCCCAUUAGCUUUGCUCGCGCUGGCAACAGGAAUAUUUCUCAUCUCCAGUUUCGGUCUCCAAGUUCGUGGUGUACAGAUCCCAAACGUCAUGAUAUCAGUGCUCAUAGGGUUCUGUGGGAUAUCUCUAUAUAUCUGCGGGGCCAUGGAGUUCUUCGCAGGAAAUACUUUUGGUGGCACGGUUUUCUCCUCUUACGCCGCUUUUAGCAUCUCGUACGGCCUGAUUUUUCUUCCGACAACGGGUAUCACAGCUGCCUACCUUGAUGCAAAUACGGGAGCGAUGAGUCCCGAUUUCAAUCAAGCGAUCUCACUAUACCUCUGGGCAUGGUUCAUAUUGACCAUUAUCUACACGGUGGCUGCGAUGCGUAGCUCCGUCGUUUUAGUCGCUGCUCUUCUUGCCCUUGACAUUUGCUUGCUUCUGCUAGCCGUUGGGUUCAUGACCCAAAGUCAAGCCACAAUGAAAGCCGGUUACGCUUUUGGAUAUAUUGUAGCUUUCACCGCUUACUGGACUGGUUGUUCCGGUCUCUACUCUGGGGGACUAACACCAUUUGAAGUUCCUGUGUUCCCUCUCUAUAAAGAGGCCUAA